AUGGCUUCAGAAUCUACUAUAGAUAUUGUUCCAUUAUUGCCUGAACAUCGUCAACCAGUUAUGGAUCUUCUCAUGCGUUCAUUUUUUAUACAAGAACCACUCAAUAAUAUGCUCAAAUUUGAUAUUCCUCAUGAACCAUUACCAUGGGCUAAUCAUGCCUUUGAUAAUGCACUUCAUGAUCAGUGUUCAUUUGUUGCUAUUGAUACCACAACUCCUCAAAAAGAUUUUGUUGGCGUUAUACUCAAUGGUAUUUCAAAUAAGGCGGAAGAAGACUCAUUUGUUAUUGAGUCUGAGAAAUUAAAAUUUAUUUUUUCAUUAAUUGAUCAAGUAAUGGAUGGUUAUGAUCUAUUUGAAUUAUAUAAAACUGAUCGUCUUUUUCAUUGUGAUGUUAUUAAUAUUGAUGAAAAACAACGUGGUCAUAAUUUAAGUGUUCGCCUAAUAACUAAAUCACUUGAUAAAGCUCGACAAUUAGAUAUUAAAGGUGCAUAUGUUGUUUGUUCAAGUUUAUUUUCACGAAAAGCUUUUAUGCGUCAUGGUUUUCAAGUUAUUAAUGAACUUUUAUAUUCUAAACAUGAAGAUAAACGUUUACUAAAUAUGGGUAUACAUGAUCGAUGUACUUUAUUAGGAAAACAGUUGUGA